AUGGGUUUUCUCGAACUUGGAAUUCGUACUUGGAACACUGUUUGGUACAUUAUUUCUCUUGGUUUGGCAUGCUCCUUAAUUGCUACGCAGGACUCAUCUCAUGCCAGAGUUAAUAUCUGUUUGUGGGCCUCUUUAUGGGGUCUUUUGUUCUCCAGUGUCUACGGGUUUUUAGCUGAAUUUAUGACCUCAUUGGCCUGGCCUGUUAUUUUGUUGACAUUCGAACUAUUGAAUGCAAUUUUCACCUUCAGUGCUGCAACCGCUUUGGCUGUUGGUAUCAGAACCCAUUCAUGUUCAAAUCAAUCUUAUCUUAAUUCAAACGCAAUUUGCGAGGGAAGUGAGUCAAGAUGCAGAAAAUCUCAAGCUUUGGUUACAUUCCUCUAUUUCUGUUUUUUCGGUUCUUUAGGUUUAUUGUUUUUCAUUGCGAGAAAAUUCAUGUCUGGUGGUCCAUUUGGCCACAAAUAUAACAGCAAUAAUGCUCCAAAAGUUGGUGUUCCAACAAUGUCUCAAGUCUAG